CAGCUGAUAAAGCGAUUGGGCUUUUAUUUAUUAAGCUCAAGUAAAAAUACUGUGAGCCUUCUUCAUAUAUUUUCACCGCCGAUACCGCCACGUGGCAUUUCUUUUGUGGGUUUUUUUCUCUACAGGUAACCCUCACGACGAUGAAUGGCCUUCUUCACUUGUCGUUUCUUCUUUCUGGGAAACAAAAUUCACCCACCGAUCCACCACACGCAGCGACUCCGAGAUUGCUGAUUUGCUCACCGGAUUGAGGUCGAAGAUCGAAAGCGAUGGAAACACCGAUGGAUUCUACACCCGUGAAUUGGGAAGCGCUUGAUGCUCUGAUCAUCGAUUUCGUUUCCUCCGAAAACCUGGUGGUUGAAGAAGACGCCUGCGCGAUUUCAUCUCCUUCCCCAGUUUCGUCUCCUUCUUCUUCUUCCUCUCCUUCUAUAUCCUCUUCGUCUUACCACGCUAGAUUGAUCAUCCGCCGGAUCCGAAACUCGAUUGAAUCCGGUGACAUUGAGAACGCCAUCGAUAUCCUUCGCUCCCACGCUCCUUUUGUCCUCGAUGAUCAUCGUAUUCUGUUUCGCCUGCAGAAACAGGAAGCUUAUGAGGAAUUCAAGCAUGUCCUUCUUGCACUCAUUUAUGAUAAAAAUGAUCAAACCUCCCCAGUAGCAAACGAGUGGGCAGAGAAAAGAAGGUAUGAAAUGGCUGGACUGAUGUCAUCUGUCUUGAGAGCUUCUUUACAGGCAUACGAUCCUGUAUUUUCAAUGACACUAAGAUAUCUGAUAAGCAUACAUAAAGGAUUUUGCUUUCACCAAGGAACAUCCUCCGCAGUUUCUGAUCUCACCCAUAGAUUGCUCCUGGAGGAACGUGACGCACCAGCCACUCCUCUGGAAAGCAUAUAUGAAGCACCACCUUUUGAUGAGGUGGACAUACAGGCUCUUGCUCAUGCGGUUGAGCUUACUAGACAAGGGGCUGUUGAUAGCAUGAAAUUUGCCAAAGGUGACCUUUUCCAGGCAUUCCAGAAUGAAUUGUGCAGGAUGCAAUUAGAUGUUUCGGUUCUUGAUGAACUUGUCAAGGAGUACUGCAUAUACAGGGGUAUUGUGGAUUCAGAGAUGCAAAUGAUCAUGGGUCCUGCCAAACGCAGCCAACCGGAGGUGGGUCACAGCUUAUCAAGAGACUGUUCUUCUGAAAUAGAUCUCAACACAAGUCAACAUUCAGAUGUUGAGAACGAUAGCAACAACAGCAUACUUGAUGGCGCGCUCUUAACUGACACUGAAAUGUCUAGCAAACAAGGAGGUGACGCUGGCACACGUUAUGGCAGUGAACGAAACACCGGUUGUGAAGAUUGCAGCACUAGCUGGUCAAACCAAUGUGAAAAUGCAAGAGCUCUCCUUAGAAUUAGAUCCCAUAUGAAUUGUGAGAGGAAUAGGCAACGCAAAAGAUGGCGAGGGAGAGCUGAUGAAAUGGAUUGUCUUCCUGAUCUUUCAUGUCCCAAGUCUGAGUCAGGCAUAAACCCUUUAGAGGACAAGUAUGAGAUAGCCUUGGCACUAAAGGAAUUGGUUAGCAGAGGAAUGGCAGCAGAAGCAGUUCACGAAAUCAGCACCAUGGAUCCAGACUUUUUCACACAAAAUCCAAGUUUACAUUUCCAUCUUAAGCAGGUUGAAUUUCUAAAGCUGGUGAGUGCUGGUGAUCACAAAGGAGCACUAAAGGUCGCGUGCUCUCACUUAGGUCCCUUAGCCGCCAAUGACCAGUCUUUACUGAAGACAUUGAAGGAGACUUUGUUAGUUUUACUCCAACCCGACGGAAACACACCUGGGAAAGAUUUGCCUCUAAAUGAUCUGGCCAAUACGCUACAGGUUUCUGUCGGUAAAAGGCUCGGGAUAAAAGAACCGCAGCUUAUGAAAAUAAUAAAAGCGACGCUUCACACGCAUACCGAGUGGUUCAAGCUUCAGAUGUGUAAAGACCGGUUCAGUAAUCUGCUGAAGAUAGAUUCUUUGAAGCAAGUGAACACUGAUUGGAUGAGUGCUAUCAAAUCAGGAUCAAACAAAGAUAGCAACACAAACUUUUCGUCUCAAGUCACGACGACGUCUUCGAGCACCAUGACCUCCGAAGAUGGUGGUAGCAGCAGCUUAAUGAUGACGACUCAGACUUCGUCGAGAGAAGCUUUAUGGGAAGAGAGUGCAAUUCUUAAAGUAAUGGAAUUUCUGGCGUUGCCGAGGUCUGAUGCAAUUCAACUUCUAUCACAAUACAAUGGAAACGCUGAGGCUGUGAUUCAGCAACUCUUUGGUUAAAACCAAACCGGACUAAACCGAACAGCAUUCAAGUUUUCGAUUUUUUUCAUUUUGCAUUUGUUGUAUGUACACAUUACUUUGCACAGAUGCACUUACAGUCGCGAAAAAAAAGAAAUAAAUAGUUUUAACAAUAAAAAAA